UGAGUGACAGCUCAGUCGGUUCCGUUAGCUUUGAGAAAGAGCUGGUCAGAGUGUGUGUUUUACAGAUGAGCUGUCCGCUGGGACCGUGAUGGACGAGAGUCGACCGAACAAGACCGGGGACUGUUAGAAUAAUGCUUCAGCUGCCUUGACGUGCUUUAUAAUGGCCAUCAGGGAACUGAAAGUGUGUCUGCUCGGGGACACAGGCGUGGGGAAAUCAAGUAUUGUGUGUCGAUUCGUUCAAGAUCACUUUGACCACAACAUCAGUCCAACGAUAGGUGCAUCUUUUUUAACUAAGACCGUCUCCUGUGGAAAUGAACUUCACAAGUUUCUGAUCUGGGACACCGCAGGGCAGGAACGGUUUCAUUCGUUGGCUCCCAUGUAUUACAGGGGCUCUGCAGCGGCCGUCAUUGUUUAUGACAUCACAAAACUCGAUUCUUUCCAGAUGUUAAAGAAGUGGGUGAAGGAGCUGAAGGAACACGGUCCGGAGGAUAUAGUCGUGGCCAUAGCAGGAAAUAAAACCGAUCUGGGCGAUAUCAGGGAAGUUCCAACUAAAGAGGCGAAAGAUUUCGCAGAGUCCAUUGCAGCCAUAUUUAUGGAGACCAGUGCCAGAAAUGCAGUAAACAUAGAGGAGUUGUUUCAGAAAGUCAGUCGACAGAUCCCUCCGCUGGAGAACACAGACGCUGACAGCCACGAGUCCUUUAAACUGACACAGCAGCCUCCUCCCUCCAGCAAACGCUGCUGUUAGACAUCCAUCCGCAAGUCACUACAAGCGCCCUACAGCGUGAUCUCCUGUGGUAUCUGACCCAUGUGAUACAUAGAUUAGGAUCACAAUACACACAAAUCAAUGCGUUUUAAUGCAGGAGUCUAUUAACCAGAUGUGGAUACGGUCACAUGACUGACAGACAUAUAUAUUACAGUAGGAAACUCAGCCAU